GACCGGGAAGGUGUUCGCUUCCAAGCCGCUACCUGAAGGGGACAUGCUGUUCUACGCCUUCAACUCCACAUUCGUGCUCAGGGACUUCUGCCACAGCAAGGCCGUGCUGUACCUGGGGAAGAAGAUUUUCAUAUCGAAGGACAAUUUUGAGAGCAGCCUCCAGCCACUCAUCAUUCCCAAGUCAAUGAGGGCGAGAGGAGCAUCGGUCACAAGUGCUUUAUUCACUUCUGAUUCAAAACUGCUGUUGGUGGUGAAUAAGAAAGUCUACAUGUACAAUUACCUUUGGAACAGAUGGCAUAAAGCUAUAGGUUUGUGGUCUCCCGUGCCUGCUGCAGAUCUCCUGCCCCACCCCUGCCACCCUGGGCCCUCUGCAGUCCCUCCCGCUGAAUCGAACCCCCAGUGA